AUGGGUGCUUCAGCUUUCGUGAACAGACAAGCGCUUGAUAAUGGAGUGGUGGGGCUUAUUCAAUCGAACUCGAGAGACAAAUGGAUCGGCACCGCAAACCCGAAGCACUACGCGAUGGCCCACUACUCCCGUCACAUCCGUGCUGGCAUGAGCAUCUUGAAGUUCGACGAUCCAAAAACUUUGCUUCGCGGUUCUUCUUCAUAUGCUCUGGACAUAUAUCCGAACUUCGUCGUUGCAUACGACAAAGCCACUCAAAUGAUGGUGAUCGUAGCGACGAAUUUGAGAGACGCUCUAACUAUCAUCUUCGACUUGUCUGACCUGGCUUUUGUUGAAGGACCGAUUAAUACUUGGACAACGGAGCCGAACACCACCAUUGGAGCUGUGUACAAAGCCGUGAGCAUCGACAUCCUCUUUGGCCAAAGCGCUAGAUUCUCGGCUGCUCUACCAGCUCAUUCGAUUAUGACAGUCGAGAUCCUAGGCACUGAACUGACAAACACAAUAGCCGUUUAA